AGGAGGAAACCGGAGCCCCCAGAGGAAACCCACACAGAUACGAGGAGAACAUGCAAACUGCACACAGAGGAUGAACUGGGACGAUUCCCAAGGUUGGACUACCCCGGGGCUCGAACCCAAGACCUUCUUGCUGUGAGCCAUGGCGUUUCAGUCAAACAUCAUCAGCUCCCAGCCUCAGGUCUCCAUCACCAGCUACACCGUCUCCUCCGGCUCGCAGGACUGGAGUUCAAAUGUGUGCGACUGCUGUGACGACUGUGGCAUCUGUCUUUGCGCCGCCUUUGUCCCCUGCAUCCUGGCCUGUAAAGUGGCUCAGGACAAUGGGGACAGCUGCUGCCUGCCGUUCCUGCCGGGGGCCAUGAUCGCUUUGCGGACCAGCAUGCGCAGCAGAUACCGCAUCACUGGCUCCGUGUGUGACGACUGGGUAGUAAUGGCUUGCCUGCCACUCUGUGGACUGUGCCAGAUGGCGCGAGAGCAGAAGAUGAGAGGAUGAGUGGAAGGGGA